UGGCUGCGGAGUGAUCGGGUCACAUGGCUUCCUGCUCUGUCUGUCAAGUUUCAUUGCCAGGAGCGUUUUUCUCCAAAUCUAAGUGUGUAAAGGAAAUUCAGUCACUCUGCCACAUCGGUGCUGUUUACGUGGGUUUGUCUGAAGUGCAGAGCUCCAGAAGCAAAUAAACAGCCUGCAAUGUCUUGCUCAGCCAGGGAGCGUCUUGAAAUUCUACUGAAUUCCUGGCUGUAUCAGCGAUGUCUGGUGAGAGCGAAGACGGAAGGCAUUCGGAGGCCACAGGGGGACGGGGGCUGUACGGGGACUACAUAUCCAACCCACUAAUGAGCAAUGAUGCGUCCGAUUGGUCUGCACUACAUGACGCUGCCAUUCACGGAAAUCUGCUCUCAUUGCAACAGCUGAUCAGACAGGGUCAAAGAGUAAAUCUCCUCACAAUGAACCGGGUCACGCCCCUUCACGAAGCCUGCCUCGGGAGACAUGCUUCCUGUGCAAAGUAUUUGCUAGAGCAUGGAGCUAAGGUGAAUGAAGUAACAAUUGACUGGAAGACGCCACUCUACAAUGCCUGCUGCAGUGGCAGUGCAGACUGUGUAAAGGUCCUCUUACAAAACGGAGCCAAGCCUCUGGAAGAAUGCGACUUGGCAUCACCUAUACAUGAAGCGGCAAAAAGAGGCCACACAGGGUGCGUAGAAAUGCUGCUGAAUCAUGGAAUGGAGAUUGAAUGCAACAACAAAUAUAUGGGGACGCCGUUUUAUGUAGCCUGUGAAAACCAACGGAUGGAUUCUGUGAAAAAACUGCUAGCCUUAGGCUCCAACGUUAACACUGCCAAAAAUCUCGAAUCUCCUCUUCACGUGGCAGCCAAGAGCUCAAAUAUGGAACUGGCCACCAUACUGCUGGAACACGGAGCACGGAUUGACUCCAGGAAUGCUGACGGGAAACGACCUGUGGAACUUGCAUCUCCGAACAGCUCUCUAGAAAAAUUGCUUUUACAGUGGGAAGGACCGUCCUCCUUGAAGCAGUUGUGCCGACUGAACAUCCGGAAAUUUUUGGGUCGGUCCCAUUUCACUUCAGCAUCAAGGCUACCAAUCCCAGAGUCGCUCAAGGAAUUUCUCUGCUACAGAUGAUCAUCUCAGAGGGACUACUGUGUCCAACCUAGUAUUUUUAUUAUUAUUAAUUCUUACUUCCAAUCCAAAAUCAAGUAUUCACAAUUUUAGGGUUUAUUUGGACUUAAAGGCCUUCCAGCAUUCUUGCCUUUUCAGUAGUGAGGUUCAGAGACCCAGCAAUGACAGUCUUAAAUUUCUUUCACUUCUGUUUUGCAUUUUUCUACCAGGAGCACAAAAUUAUGAUAAUACCAAGAAUAAAAUCUCCCUGGAGGAAACAGGAAGUAAAAAAAUCUGAGUUUUGCUGUGCCGUUGUUAUGUAAAUUUUGCAAGAUUUUUUCCCAAAGGCGAAACAGUGAGCUUUUAUAGUUAAAACCAUUGAUCAAAACUUAUUUGAAUUGUCUUCGAGCCUCUCUGUUUGCUUAUUGAUCACUAGUCACCAAUGUGGUUCUGUAAAUCAUUAGAAUCAGAAAUUUACAGCGCAGAAUGAGGCCAUUUGGCCCAUCAAGUCUGCAAGAGCUCUCAGAACAAUCGGCUUUCUACUUUAAUGAAUUACAUUAAAUAAAAUGUACUCGCAAAUUGAAAAUGCACAGGUUUUUCUCAUUUUAUCCAUGCAAACUACACUUUUAAUAAUGCAUUAUAACCAUUUUUAAAGUUGUUCAAAUUAGUCAUCAAUGUAUUCAGUUUGGAAUGUUGACUGUUGUAUAUCGAGGUGAAUAUGCAAAGUUCCUUUCAAUAUUUUUUGUAAUAAAGUUGAAAUA